GAAUCCAUAAAUAAUCGCUUAAAGCAAGAGACACAACACAAAAUUUUGACAUUAUGCCAGAGCAGCCAGACCUUAUUGGAAAACUAUCAUCUGUUGCUGAAACGGACAAAAUUGUCUUAUCACUGGAGCAGUCCCAUGUCACUAAAACAUACAAAUAUAUAUUUUCAUUAGUUGACUUUCCAAGACAUGCCUUCAUGAAGUUUACAGAAUACUUUGCUGCAAGUCAAAUAGUCGAUAUUGAGCACGUAAAUGAAGACACUUUGAUCUUUUUUUGGAUUUGAAAUAGAACAAAUUAGACAAGUGGCUCCAACAUAUUACACUCAAGGAAAUCAAGACAGUGUUGAUUUUUCAGUCAAAACAAGAGAAUAGUACAAAGAACAGCAAUUUAUGGUGCAACUACAGGUACAUUGUCAUGUCUUGUCACAGACCAACCCAGUGUGAUGCAUGUAAGAAGUUUUUUUCUUCUUUGUGUACCUUGCAUUCUCAUCUUAUUAAAGGUGUCAAUAAACCAGGAUACCUAUACAGUGUAUAUUUGUCAGAGAAUGGUCUCUUGCUUGCACAGCCUGCUGGAAGUACAUGUUCAGAUGUACAAACAAGUACAUGCAAGUCAACAGAGCUUGCAGAACAGAAUGUAAAACAGUCUAAGGAAUUAAGUGAAUACCCAAAGAAAGAUAUAUGCACAGAGAUAAAAGAAGAAGAAAGUAUGUCGACAAAGCCUUUUGAACAAAGAGUAAAAAUCAAAGGAAAACAAGUGAACAUUACAUGUGCUGACAUACAGGGAGCUGAAAACAGGUUUACAAAACCUCCUGAACAAAGUUUAGACCAUUCUGUGAAAAUCAUUGGAAAACAAGUGAAUAUUGCGUGUGGAGACAUACAUGGAGAAGAAAAUGUGUCAGUUAAACCUCCUGAAGAUAAUGUUGACCAUUCCAUGAAAGUCAUUGAAAAACAAGUGAAUAUUGCACAUGGAGACAUACAGGGAGAUGAAAACAGGUUGACAAAACUUUCUGAACAAAGUUUAGACCAUUCUGUGAAAAUCAUUGGAAAACAAGUGAAUAGAGCACAUGCAGACAUACAUAAAAGACAAAGCGAGGCUGUAAAGUUUCCACAACAAAGUUUAGAACAGGCUAGAAAAGUCAUUGAAAGCCCAGUGAAAAAUGCAUGUACAGACAAACAGAAAGGUAGACGCAAAUCGUGUCAAAUGCAAAAAUUAGCAAAACCUCAAAAACCUGUUGCUAUCCUUCCAAAAACAAUGCUAGAAAAGAGUACUGCUAAAAAUAAUGCUCAUGGAUCGCAGGUCAUGAUUUUUAGAAUAGGAUGUUCAAGUAAUAAUGUGAAAAGUAAUGAAAUAGCAGUUAAUGAUAUUGCAGGAAGUAAUGCUAAACAAGUUCAGAAAGAGACACAAACCAGUUCUCCUAAUUAUUUAAAUAUUUCUUUACCUUCCAUAAUGCUAGAUGGAAUACAACAAGUUGAUUUAGGGAGACAUGACUCUAGCUCAGCUAAACAGAAAUCUGAUGCAAGAGUAGGAAAACAGAGCAUGUUUUGUCCCUCUUCAGCAGGAGUAGUAUCACUACCUACAUCAUCAGUUACUGUAAAUUGGACAGACUCGUGUGUUCCUGAAUGUUCAAAAGAUUCUAGUGAAGCAAUCACUGAUUCUGAAAACAAGAAGCUUGAAACAGUUCCCAACGAAAAUACUCAAUACAAUGUUACACCUGUUCUGCUUAUAGGUAAUAAGCAUUGCAGAAAAGAGAAAAAUGGAUAUGUUGAGCUGGAAAACAUAUACAUGAAAGAACUAGAAGAUAUAAAAGAAGAUUCUGUUAAUAUAUAUGAUGAUAGAUUUGAUGAGUUAGUCAGUGUUAGUCAAGUGGAUAAUAAUGGUAACCAAGAACUUGGGACCAGUUAUAGCAGGCAAUGUUAUGAUCUGUAUAUGCAUGACAGAGGUCACAGAGAAGGUGAUAAUAUAUCACAUAAGCUGGAUAUCGCAGAAACAGACGUUAUUCAGGAUGAGCAUAACUAUUCUAAGAAAUUAAACUCUCAUGGUGUUCAGUUUAAUCAGAUGCAAGAUGAAUGGCAAGUUGUUUAUAAUAAAGAAUAUAAUGAAGGUGAAAACCAAAACAGUGAUUCAGACAGGACAGAAAGUAUUAAUUCAGAAUUGGAAAACCAGCAUUUCAACACAAAUACAGGAAAGAUAGUAGAGGGUAACUAUGCUGUUGAGCAUGUAAGUCAAAGACAUUCUUCAUCAGACUUUAUUAAAACUGGUGCAAAUGAAAAUAAUAUAAAAACUGUUGAAGAAUUAGCUACAAAAGAUGGUAAAGAUUGCAAGCUGAAAUCAACCAAUGAAAAUCGAGACAGAAAAAAAGAGGUUGAAUUAUAUGUACCUCGCAUUAGUAAGGAAUCAUUUGUAUUUUAUCAGUAUGGGUUUAAGUUGAUUCAAGGACAGAAGUUGUAUGUACAGUGUCAAUUUUGUUUGAAGAAAUUCAUUAAAGGUGCGAUUGCAGGACACAGUCAAAAGAUCCAUCAUAAACAGCCCGAGUACAAUUCUAAGUUCCGGCAUCGAUUAAACUUACUUUUACGGUUUAUGAAAAGGAAUUGUAGUCCAGGUUCAAGAGUGGUCAAAAUUAAAAUAUCACAAGAGAAAAAAUACAAAUUUUGUGGUUUUAGCAUACAGCCAUUUCCAGAACUAAAGCUCAUGUGUAAUGCAUGUAAACAUUUUUUCUUUAGGAAUGAUUUUAUCAGACAUGUCAGUGAUUGUUACGAAUGCCAUGAGAUUAAUAUCACACAGGAAUUUAGUGACCAGCUAGAGCUUCUAAAGAAAACUGCUCCAGUGUUUGAAAAAAGAAAGAAAGUAGUCAAGGAAAAGCAAAAAGUGCAAAAAGAUGCCAAAGUAACAAGUAACAGGGAAACAACCAAAAUCGAGUCAACUCGUACUUUGUUUAGACAGUUCAGAGAUAUAAAUCCAGAAUUGUUCAAAACAAACAUGCCAGAAUUUUUGAAAGAAUUUCAAGAAUAUGAAAAAAGGAAGCAAGAUGAGAUGCUGGAAGACAACAGGAAGAAACAAGAGAACCUCGUAAAAUGUACUGUUUGCUCAAAACAAAUAAAGGCUUCAUAUUUGAAGGCACAUGUGAAAAAUUACCAUACAUCCCAGUCUUAUCCCUGUGAAGUUUGUGGAGGAAUAUACCCAUCUACAUAUAGCUUGUAUAAUCACCAGCGCUAUGUUCAUGGAGAGAAAGGAAAAUUUCCUUGUUCAGUGUGUGGAAAGGAGUAUACUACCAGAGUUAGCUUUAGUUGUCAUCUUUCCAGUGUACAUCGAAGCAAGAAACAAGUCCAGUGUCCUGUUUGCAAAAAGAAAUUUAGAAAUCAGCAUUUAUUAGACAGACAUGAGCUUGUUCAUAAAGGGUCCAGACCGUUUAGUUGUCAUGCGUGCGAUGCCACCUUCAAACGUGCAGAUCACCUCAAAGUCCAUAUAGAUAAAGUCCAUGACUUAACGGUAUUAUGGGUUUGUUCUGUGCCUGGCUGUGAGGCAAGAUAUAGAUACAAAGUCCAGCUUGAUAGCCAUAUACAGAGACAUACAGAUAAAAGAUUCUCAUGUUCAAACUGUCCACGGCAGUUUACCGGUCUUAGUUUACUGAACAGGCAUAGAGAAAAACGUCACUCACUAAAAGAGAAGUUAAAGAUUGAGGACUUUGUGACAGGGCAGACUGAUGCAAAAGAAAUGGACUGUGGCUUUGAUGGAUUAACACAGCUUAAGACGUUAGUAAUAUCUGGAGAUGUGAUGCAUCCAGCUGUUACUUUUAGAGACGGUCUCCGCUGGACUGAUAAUGAAAACAGAAUAUUCAGGGAGAUACUGGAUGAGUACAUUGAUUCUAAUUGUACAGCACCUUUGAGUGCUUUGAAGAAAGUUAAUAAAGAACUUAAAGGAACGAGGACAUUACAGAAAAUUAGACUAAAGUUUAACAAUGCCAGAAAAUCACGACAGAGAGAUAAAGACGCCAGAGGUAAAAGUGACAGUGAAAAACAAGAAACGAGUCAAACUUCUGUGAGAAAGAUGGUAGGCAAAAGGCAUCUUAAAAAUCUUGGGUAUGAAAUAAAGCGGAACAUGGAAUAUAAAAGUGAUCAAAGCUCAUACGAGCAAAAUGACAUUGAGGAUAUGGUUGGAGAGGAUGAGACAGUCAAGAAGAGAGUAAGAAAAAGGUGUAGAAGGAAGAAAUGGACACAUUUCAAAAUAAAAAGUAAAAAAGCGAAAUCAUGUACAGUGACAAAGACUGAUUUAGAAAAACAGACAUGUGAAUCACUUACAUGUCAUGUAGUAGCCAGUGACAACAUGGAAGGUGAAGUGAGACUUCAACAUGAUAAAACUCUGAGAAAUGAUAGUAACAGUUAUGACGGUAUUGCAGAUUUACCUUCCCUAAGCGAUAGUGAAGGAUUGACUUUGGGAGAUGACAGAACACCAUUAAUUGAACCAGUUAGUUUUGGAGAAUCUCAAUUGCUAAAUAAUUCAGUAAUGGGAAACUUUGAAAAUAAUGAUAUUAAUGAGGUGGCAUCCCAGGAUAUGCAAGAGAAGCUGUUAAAUGACAAUGCAAAUGAAGAUGUAAAAAUGCCUUACAACAAAGAAGUGAAGGAAAAGUGCAGGCAAGAACAGACAGUUCAACAUGAUGUGAAUGAUUAUAAUGAAGGUAUUGUUCAACUUUAA